CAACUUUUUGUCCAGCACACACACUCACACACUUGGAGCGACGUGGUUUUUUUUCCCUCCCCCUUCAACAGCCGCAGCAGGCGGGCGACACCGGACCGGAGCGACCUCCGCACUGAAGCCCGCCCCGCAGCGCUCGACUGGCGGCUACGUGACACCCGGGCGGCCCGCUGUCAGCUCCCGCUUCAUACCUGGCCGGCGACCGGGGCGAGCGCCGCCAUGGCCGAGCGCUUCGACUGCGACAACUGCAAAGAGUCCCUGUACGGCCGCAAGUACAUCCAGUCGGACGAGAGCCCCUACUGCAUCCCGUGCUACGACAGCCUCUUCUCCAACACCUGCCACGAGUGCAAGGAGCUCAUCGGCCACGACGCCCGCGAACUCUUCUACGAGGACCGGCACUACCAUGAGCACUGCUUCCGCUGUUUCCGCUGCGAGCGCUCGUUGGCGGACGAGCCCUUCACCAACCAGGAGGACGCGCUGCUCUGCAACGACUGCUACUGCAACGAGUUCUCGUCCAAGUGCGUCGCCUGCGACAAGAUCGUCAUGCCAGGUACGAGGAAGCUGGAGUACGCCGGCUCCACGUGGCACGAAGGCUGCUUCGUGUGCCGCGCCUGCGAGCAGCCCAUCGGCUCCAAGUCCUUCAUCCCCGAGAAGGACGAGCACUACUGCGUGCCGUGCUACGAGGACAAGUUUGCACCGCGCUGCACGCGCUGUCAGAAGAGCCUGGCCAAAGGCGGCGUGACCUACCGGGACGAGCCGUGGCACAAGGAGUGUUUCGUGUGCAGCGGCUGUAAAACGCAGCUGGCCGGCCAGCACUUCACCUCGCGCGACGACAGCCCCUACUGCCUCAAGUGCUUCGGGAGCCUCUACGCCAAGAAGUGCGAGGCCUGCGGCAAACCCAUCACAGGUUUCGGCGGAGGCAAAUACAUCUCGUUCGAGGAGCGCCAGUGGCACCAGCCGUGCUUCACCUGCACGCAGUGCUCCGUGUCGCUGGUGGGCGCCGGCUUCUUCCCCGACGGCGAGCGCAUCCUGUGCCGCGACUGUCACAACGGCCUCUAAAGACCCCCGCGCUCCCCCCCUUGCAUUCCACUCGAGUCACGUCAUAGCCAAAGGCUUGUGUAGACCCAGCCAGGUGAUACACACAAAAACCACAAGGCACUUUUUCCAAAGUGGACCGCCGCCAAACGCCUUGAUACGGCCUAGUGCCCGAGCGCAACUUGUUACGUAAUUCCGAACGACAUAAUUCUUGAAUUUAUUUGUUGAAAGACUAAUGAUCAAAGGGAGCCCAUAAUCAUCAUGUUUUCACUACAUUUUGAAUGUCACUUUUCUCUCUCUCGCACACAAAGAUCACGAUGCAUUAUCUCUGAUCAUCUUGACCAGGUCACUGUAUAUAACGACACAAAAAUUAGUACAACAUCCAAUCAACAUUUUUUUUUUUUAGAAAACCUACUUUCUGACAGCCUUGUGUUCUCGCCAUAGAACAAUAUAAAUAAGGUUAAUUUUGCACUUUUUGAACAAGAGACUCUCAUGUUACCAUGUUGUGUGCACAUAAAUAAAACACAAAAACAUGGCACAAAA